AUGGAGGAUGGAAUGGAGAUGGAGGAUAGUGGAGAAGGAUAUGGAGGGAUAGGAAGGAACGAUGGAAAGGAUAGGAAUCGAGACAAUAGGUGUUGUGCGGACGAUGCGGGCACAUAUCCGGAUAGUCCGGAUGAUGCGGGUACAUAUCCGGGUGGUACGGACGACGCGGGCACAUAUCCCGGUGGUGCGGACGAUGCGGGCACAUAUCCCGGUGGUGCGAACGAUGCGGGCACAUAUCCCGGUGGUGCGGACGAUGCGGGCACAUAUCCCGGUGGUGCGGACGAUGCGGGCACAUAUCCCGGUGGUGCGGACGAUGCGGGCACAUAUCCCAGUGGUGCGGACGAUGCGGGCACAUAUCCGGGUGGUGCGAACGAUGCGGGCACAUAUCCCGAUGGUGCGGACGAUGCGGGCACAUAUCCCGGUGGUGCGGACGAUGCGGGCACAUAUCCCAGUGGUGCGGACGAUGCGGGCACAUAUCCCGGUGGUGCGGACGAUGCGGACACAUAUUCGGAUGAGCCGGCCACGUAUCCGGAUGGUGCGGACGAUGCGGGCAUAUAA